GAAGCAUUCUGCUUAAAUAGCUGAACAAUGGAACCUGAGAUUAUCCGAAUGUAUUCAUCAUCCCCACCGCCUCUAGAUAACGGAGCUGACGAGGAGGAAGACGAUGAGUUUGGUGAUUUCGGUGGGUUUUCGGGGGAUGGCAGUACUAGUGUUGGCUUCGACUUUGCAUCGGAUUAUUCCAAUUCAAAGGAAGAACAGAAAUCUCCAUAUAACGCUGAUUUUUCAAGCAGUGUGGACGGCAUUAUAGCCUUUACGACUGUUACAUACGUCAACGAUGCGGACAGCGUUACAGAACUUCCUAAUUCUAUUAAAGGGCUUCCUGAUGGCACUAGCAAAGAAAGAUGUGAGUGUCGAAGUCUGGGCUCAUCACUUGAUGAAUUAAACUCAGUAGUGGUAAACAGAACUGAGAAGUCGGAGGCACUGCCCUCCGAAAUUAUUUGGACUGAUACAAAAGCUCCAAGUCCAGACCAACAAAUAGACAGCUGUAAUGGUGGGAGACCGCAGUGUCCAGAAGUGCUAACGAACGGGUUUGCAGCAUUGGACGCCGCAAAUCCUCCAGGAGCAGAAGAUCUGGACAAUAUCAGUGACUUGAAGGCAUUAAAAACGGUUAGCGCUCAUAGUCCUGACGUGAGUUUGGAUUCUGUGCCCAGCACGACAGAGGACUUUGCAGAUUUUUCCACGUUCUCAAACAAGCCAACAGCCCAGGUAGAAGAAACAGGAAAUGAAAUAUGCAAAAAUUCUAGUGAAAGAGAAGCACAAAGCGUGCAUGAAAGCAAUAUUAUAAAUAGCACUGGACAAAGGGAAUCUAUGAAGGAAGUGGCUUCAGAUGGAAGCUGUGAACAUGAAGGAGAGACUUGUGUUGAGGGUGAACCGGUCUGCAUUUCAAAAACUAAUGUAGGGAUCCAUGAAGACUCCAAGGCCAAGCAGGAAAGGACGGCACUGGAAUAUGCGGACGUUUUCUCUUCGGUGCAAACAAAUGUGAAUCCAGGAAUCACAACGGAAGGUAUUGAAGGCAGAGAAAGGCAGGACACUGGAAGUAGCCAAGAAAGUGACUUAUCCCGGACCAAUGAUACUGCAAGUCCACUAAACCUUAAUGUAAAUAGCGUUCAAGAUCUUAGCAGUUUUCCCGCAAAAGAGCCUGUCUCUGAAAUGGUUAAAAACAGUGAAAGUGAACUUGGACAAGCCUCAUCUAGUGACUUCAAUGAAGAUGACUUUGGUGACUUUGGCACAGUCAGUAAUGGGUCUCCUGCAUUUGCUGCUGAUGUUCCAGUUUCGACGAGCCAAGAACAUUUUCGACCCCCUUUUGAGGAAAAAAACAAUAAGCCAAGUAAUGAAUGUGGGGACUUCAUGGGUAGAGGUGGUGAUCCUCAGCAAUCAGCCAUGGUAGCGCCUUCUGGACCAAAUGAGAUUUCCCUCUCUGGGUCGGAAGACUGCUGGAGAGCUGAGCCAGGUUCCGCUACGGAGAUCCAGCCUCUGGCGAAAAUUGAAAACGGGAGCGAUCGUGAGUUCGGAGACUUCGGUUCUGUAAUGAGACGGUGCCUCGAACCCGACGAGUUUUCUGACUUCAGCUCCGCUGGUGGUAACCAAACAACAGAGUGGAACGCCUUUUCGUCUGAGCCAGAGGAGGGCUGUUCGUGGGCUGCGUUUGGAGACGAGCAGAUAGCGGGGUCUCCUCCUAAGAGGGACGAGUGGCUGGCACAUAGGACAGAGGCAGCAGCCGGCGCUGAAGAUUUAGCAUUGAGUAAGGCGGACAGUGUUCCCGUAGCACCUUUCCAAGGAAGUGGUGGCAGGCAACUGAAUGAAUUGCCACCUGCAACUCAGACAAUGCUGUUAAGUCGUCUAGAACGAAUAUUUGAGGCCUGUUUUCCUGGUGUACCCGUUUGCGAAAUAGAAGAAGAGAUUGCUCCUCUGAAUCUCUUACUAGAAGCUGGUAGUGCGCCCGGAAGGCCAGAGGGGACCUUGGCAGAAAGGGAACUGCUGGAUGUGUGGGCGGAGCUUCAGGACAUCCACGAUGCGUACGGCCUGCGAUACCAGUGGGGUGGUUCUAAUAGCAACAAGAAGCUGCUCUGCUCCUUGGGCAUCGACACGAGAAACAUACUCUUCACAGGCAACAAGAAGCAACCUGUUAUAGUGCCCAUGUAUGCAGCAGGAUUGGGUAUGUUAGAGCCUACCAAGGAACCUCUGAAACCAAUAUCUGCUGCAGAGAAAAUAGCUUCGCUAGGACAGACUCCCCCCGUAUCGCCAGAGAUGAAUAUAUGCGCGCCCGAUCAGUUCCAGGAAUCUCUACCACCUGUCCAGUUUGACUGGAGUAGCAGUGGCCUUACUAACCCUUUAGAUGCUAGUGGAGGUUCCACUCUUCUGAACCUUGAUUUCUUUGGGCCCGUGGAGGACAGUAGCUCUUGCUCCACCACCACCACCAUCCCAGGUGUGGAUCCAGAGCUGUACGAGUUAACAACUUCCAAGCUGGAAACCACCCACACGACCAGCAAAGUGACUGAUGCGUUUGCAAAGCUCAUGUCCACCGUAGAGAAAGCCAGUGCGUCGACCAGAAAGCCCAGAAAGGAAGAACGGCUCAGCGAAGAGGCCGCCCAGGUGAUUGCUAGCCUUCCCGACUUAACUUUCAUGCAUGCCAAGGUGUUGAUGUUCCCUGCCACAUUAACGCCUUCAGCGAGUUGCCAAGACCAGGUAGACUAAGUGAGGAGGGG